AUGGGGCUCUCUGAGGAUGCCAGAUGUUGGGAACAAAGGUCUAAAAAUAAUCUUUCCAAAUAAUCUUCCCAUCUAUCAUUCAAGGAGAGCAUGUGCUUUGUGUGAACAUGUGAGCUGAGAACCCGAUCUAACUUUGUGCGGAGAAGUUCAACGGCAGCUCCUGGCUUCUGGUCGACUCUGAAUCGUCUGGAUCCUGGAAAGCUGAGCUCCUUAUUUGAUCUCUCAUCAGGAAAAAAUGGAUUCCAGGAUGCCGUCAGAGAUGAUUUUCUGUAAAAAGAUCUUCACUGCAGCCUUGUGCGUCUUAAUUUUGCUGUCAGACUCAGGCUGCGCAAGGCAUCUCUGGAAACGUGCUCUACAUCUGAAAAUGACGGAGAAAUAUGAUGAUUAUGAGUACCCUCUUCAUUCUCACAGUGCCCACUACCAGAAGAACGACCGCUGCCCACCUCCACCACAGACUUUGCCUGACCGAGCCUGUGAGGUGCCCAGCUGCCGCUCCGAUUCUGAGUGCGAGAGGCACAAACGCUGCUGCUACAAUGGGUGCAUCUACGCCUGCCUGGAGUCUGUGCAGCCACCGCCAGUUUUAGACUGGUUGGUUCAGCCCAAACCCCGCUGGCUGGGAGGAAAUGGGUGGCUUUUGGAUGGCCCAGAGGAAGUAUUACAAGCUGAGGCCUGCAGCACCACUGAGGAUGGAGAUGAGCCUCUGCAUUGCCCCACAGGGUAUGAAUGCCACAUCAUCAACCCUGGCAACACAGCUGAAGGAAUCCCUAACAGGGGACAGUGCAUCAAGCUCCGUGGAAAUCCAGAUGGACGCAACCUGAGGCAAAAGUACUACAAGGAGUAUUUUGGUAGCAAUUCCAACAAUGUGGUCGGCUACGUGAAAAACCAGCAGAAGCAUUUGGGCUGAAAUCAAAGGUGUGCCUGGCUGGACCGCUCUGUUAAGCAGCUUUCAAGGAAUGAUUUACUCUGUUUUCUCUUUUGGAAGAAUUCUAGUCCCAAGUCUACAUGAGCAUGUCUCCGGCAUUGCCCCGAUCCCUGCCCAUCAAGGAUAAAAAGACUUCGAUUUUCAAGAAACAGGGGGAGUCUGGAUUUUAAGCCUAUCAUCUUGGGGAGGAAUGUGAUUCCCUGAAAGAAACCACACCAUUUAUGAGCUGCCCUUCUACUGACAAAAUGUAAAUAUCACCGAGCGGAUCCCUGCAAGCCACAGUGCCCUUAUCAGGCUGCUGGCACAGAGUCUGCACUCUAUGUGCAUCUUAGGGGACUGAUUCAGAUUUCAGUACCAGGAACAUAACUCAGUAGUGUAAGAAUGAAAUGCAGUCAGAAUCAUACCAAAAUAUAUUUAAGUUGUCUUGAUUAUUUUCAGACUAAGACUCUGGAGCUCUCUGGGUCAAAUCCAGUUCCUGCCUAUCUCAAGCAAUUACUUCACAAAAGUCCCCUCAUAAGCGGCAAGCUUGAAGAAACCUGCAGGUUUCUUUUCUUCCUAUUUGUAGCUGGGGUUCACCAGUCUACAACCCUAAGCCUGAAAUCUUAAAAAUUUGAGGAGGUAGGAGCAAAAAAAAAUUUAAUUACUUUAAGUUAUGUUCCUUAAGCGUCCCGGUCUGAUGAGCUGCAGACUAAGAGCUAACGAUCGAAUAGAUUUCUUUCUGCAAUAUCUAAGCAGUUAGAGCAACAUGCAUGACAGCCUUUUGAAGUUGGUGUUUUCACCCAGCACAGUUAAUGCUCACAAGUUUUAUGUGUCUUUUAGUACCUGCAAAACCUCAGCAGUAGGGCUGAAGUCUGGUUAUUUUGUGCACAUAUUAGAAAAGCAAAAUCAGGAUAAAUGUGUGAUUAAAAGGAUUGACUGGCAGAUGAGCAACUUCUCUCUAGAAGUCCUGUACCUUUAUGCUGACUCCAUAAAUCCUUAAGGCCACAUUAUUUGUGUUUUGGCCUUUACAGCUUCUUUUAGCUGCUUAGCAGUAGGAAAUGGAAAACACAUUUUCUGCUAAUGUCUUUUUCUAUGGCAGCUCCUAAAGGGACGGUUCCAUUUCAUUUUGACAAAUCUGUCGGAAUUACUAGGCAAAGGAAGAUAUUUUGGCUUCCUUGUUUAGUACAUGUCCCAAUCUUCAUGCAUAAAAUUAGUAUUUUGAUAUGCAGAAUAGUAGCAGCGUUUAUAAAUACCCAAUUCACAAAUACAAGUGCUUGUUUCCACCCACCAAGAGGUUUUUCUUUCCAUUCACCGAUGGUUUAAGCCAAAGCUCAGACGCUUAUAAAACACUUGAUACUUUGCAUAUGACAUUUGCAGCUGGAGAGAUGAGAGAUGCCAAACCACUCUGUUUCCUUUCAUAAACAGAUACGCUUCUUGGUGCUUUAUGGAGCAAAGAAAUGGAUGAAGGGCUCCACAUGUUCCUAAAUCUCUUAAUUUGUUGAAGUGCAUUCAAUUCUACGUGCCUUUGCUCCAAGUUCUAGGAAUUAAAUUCAACUCUGUAUUCCAACAGAUCUAUUUUUAUAAUUUUAUCCAAAACUGUACUUAAUGUUAGUGGAUACAUUCACUGCAGUGGUUGCUUUUUGGUAGCUAGAGAGAGCACAUACCUGACCACCUUGCCUGAUGGGUUGGUAAAGAUAUUUCUAAUUGCAAAAGGCAUUUUUUAAAAGGAAAACUACAAAUUUAAUAAUUUGUUAAUGGAUUUCUGUUUACGGGGUGUUAUCAAAGACAUCACCCUUCCUCAUGGUGCUAUUACGUUUGCUUUUUCAAGUUAAUUCUUUUCAAGUUAUCAGUUGUCAAACUCGGAAACAAAAGCCACAGAAGCAGCUUGUAUAAAUGCUGUGUUUUCAACACCAUAAUCCAUCACACGUUGAAAAGAAAACAGACCAAAUGAGUUGUCCUCACCUUAUCUUCUAUCCAAAGACAAAUGGCUUUACAACACUUUCGUGAAGCACAAUAGGAAAUCGCUAAUGUAGCUUGUUUUUCAUGUCCCCAUGUACACUUUAUGUUUGGUGCUAUAAUCAACUUUACAAGUAUCACUGUGUGCUAGCAAUGCUGAUGGCCUGCCGAAUCCUUAAGCGCUGUUGGUGGAGCUACUCUGCCUUGUGGCAUCUGAGGAUCCAUGCCAGACCCAGGCAAACCUUUCCUGGUUUGUGCAUCUGCUGCUGUAUGUGUGCGGGUUCUGCCACUUCGGUGCUCAAUAAAAAAAGUGACCUGUAUAUUUUUCAACCCUG